CCUGACCAAUGAGAAUUUCUGAACAAGCAGUGAAAAUCCCCAUUUCCUGUUUUGGGUGAAGGUACGAAGUUGCCACUUUGCUGCAAUUCUGUUUAUGGUAAAGCAAGACAACAAUGUUCUUUGGAUGGAGGAUAAUUAUUCUUUGCUUUCUGCUUCUCUAUGGUGUGCCCAAGUCUUCAACUGGUGCCUCUGGGCAGUUCCCUAAUUCAUUGAUUCAACCUGGAUCUCCUUUCCCUGUAAAGACAAAUGACCCCAACGUUCAAAGAGCUGCUAGGCUUGGGGUUUAUAAAUACAACAACAGUACAAAUGAUAUAUUUUUGUUCAAAGAAUCUCAUAUAAAUAAAGCCACAGUGCAGAUUGUGAAAGGAGUGAAAUACAGACUGGAUGUCGAUAUCUGCCGGACUGUAUGCAGGAAAAGAAUACCACAUCCCAACUUGGAUAGAUGUGAUUUCCAGAAGAACAAGAUGCUGCAAAAAAAAUUCAAAUGCGAUUUCGAAGUCUGGCUCAUCCCUUGGCAGCAGAAAGUCCAGAUCCCAGUCAUGUUCUGCCACUAAUUGGUGUCUAAUAAACUGUGUAAAUAUUGCAUGUUUACUUUUUUUGUCAACUGAUACAUCACAAAUUGUCCAUAAAGACACUGGAUUGCCAAUAGCUAUGGAGUCUUUCUUUGUUUAUUUUCUAAUGGAAAAGAAAGCAUGCAUAUGCAUCUCCCGCAUGUGCGGCAGAGAUCCGAAAAAUAGCUGGACGGCAGGAAGCGUGCAUGCAUGCGUGGUAGAGCUGAGCUGGGUGAUGGCUCACAUGCCCACUGAGAGGUCUCCCUGUGCCACCUGUGGCAUGCGUGCCAUAGGUUCACCAUCACGGCUGUAGACACUUCUGAGACAAUAUGGAAACAGUAGAUCAGUUGUGGUAGAACAGUUACAGGCAUUAUAUAUAGGGCAAAUGCACACACGACAGGGAUAAUAAGGAUCUAAAUAUAAAAUUGAACUAAGUACCAUGCUGUAGGAUUAGUGAUACACAUGGUAGUGCAGGGGGAAAGUGGGGGA